AUGCAUACACCAACUAUUUCUGACCAAACUGAUCGCACUAGAACCACCCCAGCCCUCCGCUACGAUGGCGCCAGCUCCUUAACCGGUGUUGUAUUAUGUAAUGAUAUUGUAUCGGAAUUUGAUAACGGAAUGACCGAUGUACUCCAACAACGCUUAUCUGAUAAGCAACCCAUACACUUUAUGCCUACCACUAUUAAUGGGCAAAAAGCUAUCGUAAACAUUAUGGGCAUUAAGCCUUUCUUUGAUGUCGUAGUAUCUGAAGAGAUAUCAUUAUCUAUGUUUAAGACCAAAUUAGUGAAGAUGAAUAAAGCGCUAAAGGCAGUUCAUGAAGUUGGUAUCAGCACUGCUUCUGAUAACCUAAAUCCUACAUAUUAUUAUCGCAAAGUAGCCUGUGAAGAAAGAUUGCCUCUUUCAAGUUGGGCAACGUUAAGUAAUUAUUUUCACGAAUACAUUCAAGGAGCCCUUUCACGGGAUCGAACUCUUGUUCUCACAUGGGACAUAGAGUCAUAUAGUUCGCUCGGACUAGGUAAAUUCCCUACUGCACAAAAUGAUGAAUCUAAUGUAUUUAUGAUCGGUUUUAACAAUUCACAAUAUGACUGGAGAUUUAUUGUAGAGAAAGCGAAAAAGCUAGGGGUUCUCGAGUGGAUAUACAAUCAAAUGUCAAUAAAGCCUUCGAGUCUCGAAAAAAUUUCAAAAUAG